UACUGUAUAAUAUUUGUACCUCAAACAGCGCAUUUAUCAUAUAAGAAAGAAGGUGGUACAACAAUCUCAUUUCAAAGCCCUAUUUAUUAUAGGUCAGCAAUAAAGUGACUUUGCAGAAAGAUUAUCGCUACAUAUAUAAUGUCAUAAAACUAUAAUCAUGCCCACCGCAACAGACCGGUAAACAUACUGUAAAGCUAGUUCAAUCGCUUUCAUAUGCUAGGUUUGAACUACAAGUAGUAAACACAAAGCAGGCAGGCGCUUAACUGAUAUGAUCUCACUGCCAUAACUUACCAUGGACGUAUCAAACUUCAAAGGUGCCGACAAAGAACGAUACAACGUGACCGUACCGCGCAGACUUGAAAUAGUGUCCUUCCGCCGUAGGCCUUCCAAUGAAUUUACAAUAAAACAUUCAACAUAUUAUUAUUUGAGUAAACUGACUAAGAAAUGAGAACAUUCUCCAUUAACAUUCUGAUUUUAUUUAACUUGGAAUGAACCAUAUACCUGAGAACACACAUCAGUUAUAGUAAUAUAACUAGGCAUGUAUGGUUAAUGUGUUCCAAUAUGACUACGCGAGUGUGAUGAGGUUUAGUAUACGGCAUUGUGCAGACUUUCGGCUUGAUCCAGUCAAAGCAUUCCCUAAGUGGUAUCACUUACGUGUUAGCACGGUGUAUCGAUGACUUCUGCGAUAAGCUAAGCUGGUUGCUGAGCUAUAUUAUAGCUGGAGCCAAACUGUUCCGACGGUAUCAGUCAGGGCUGGCAUUCGCUUAAUUUAAAGCACGAUGCAAGCUAGGCGUUUUCAGAUUUGGAUUUUAAUAACAACGCUUCAUUUUUCCAGUUGUUUGUCCCCGAUUGAUGAGAACAACCGCAAAUGUGAGAGGGUCACCAUUCCAAUGUGCAUAGGGAUCGGUUACAAUUACACCAGCAUGCCAAACAGAUUUCAACAUAGAACUCAAGAUGAAGCAGCUCCAAAAAUCCAUGAAUUUGCACCGCUUGUGAACCAGGGUUGCUCUGAUCAGCUCAACAGAUUUCUGUGUUCGAUGUUUGCACCCUUCUGUACGGAAGAGUACGAAUUUCCCAUUUGGCCGUGUAGGCAAAUGUGCGAAGAUGUGAAAGCAAAAUGUGCUCCCAUCAUGAAAAGUUUUAACUACGAAUGGCCGCAGCCAAUGGAUUGUGAGGGUCUUCCAGUUUCCGACUCCAAUGAUCGUCAUGUUCUCUGCAUGAUGGCUCCGAACACUUCGUCAGGAAAUCGCCCCAACAAGACCUCUGGAGUUCCGUCAUAUCCACUGAUACCUUCGCAGGAAACGAGUGAUCCUAAACCUAAUGAAGAUAACCCGGACAAAUGUGAAAAUCCCAGUCGAUUUGUUUAUGUAAAGUUGACAAAAUCAUGUGCCCCAAGGUGUAACGUGGAUGUUUUUUUUCGUGAAUCGGACAAGAAAUUCGCCGAAUUGUGGAUGGGAAUUUGGGCAGUCGUUUGCUUCUUCUGUACAGCGGUCACUGUCUUAACUUUCUUCGUCGACCGCGUUCGUUUUAAGUAUCCAGAGAGACCAAUAAUUUUUCUUAGUCUUUGUUACAAUAUCUACUCAAUAGCAUAUAUUGUCCGUCUCAUUGCAGGAUCAGAAGCAAUUUCAUGCGAUGAAAACCAAGCAGGGGAGAAAUACCUUAUUCAAGAAGGCUUAGAAAGUACUGGCUGCACUAUUGUAUUUUUGAUUCAAUAUUAUUUCUUUAUGGCCAGUUCAAUAUGGUGGGUAAUUUUAACCAUAACAUGGUUUUUAGCUGCAGGAAUGAAAUGGGGAUACGAGGCCAUAGCAGCGCACAGUAGUUAUUAUCAUUUAGCCGCAUGGGCAACCCCAGCCCUUAAAACGAUUAUCAUUCUAACCAUGCGAAGAGUGGACGGUGACGAAUUAACCGGGAUGUGUUUUGUUGGAAAUCAAGAUGUAACGGCUUUAACAUGGUUCGUGCUUGUGCCGUUGUUUGUUUAUUUUUUCUUUGGGACGUUUUUCAUUUUGGCUGGAUUUUUUUACUUGUUUAGAAUAAGAAAAGUUAUGAAAAAUAUGAAAAAUGACGGGAAUAACAUCGAUAAGCUAGAGAAAUUAAUGGUCCGUAUUGGAGUAUUUUCUGUUCUUUACACGGUACCAGCCACAUCUGUUAUUGCCUGUUACUUUUAUCAACGCACGAAUUUUGAACUAUGGAAAGUACAAUCGAUGAAUACUACUUGCAUUGGUGACUCAUGUACACUACCUUAUUCUAUUCCGUCAGUUCCUGUACUCUCAGUAAAACUAUUCAUGUUAUUAGUAAUUGGUAUUACGAGUGGCAUGUGGAUAUUAAGCUCUAAAACAAUCAACAGCUGGAUGAAGUGUUGUGAUACGACAUUUGGAUUUAACCAAAAGAAAACCAAGGCCGUAAAUCAUCAGGCUGUAGCGAUGUACACAACAUCUCCCUCACUCAAAACAGUGAUUGUUCCUUCCGAAGGCCACAGCGCUAAUGGAGAAUCGUCGAGCAGAGCCCCCAGUUUACAACCCGUCACAUACUCAAGAGUACCGAACCCAGGGUUUAAAACAGGAAGUGACAUAAUAUAAGCACAGUAUCACGUUUUGUAAAAUACUCCGUUACUGACUAUGUAAAUUUCAUAUUAGAAAUAAUUGAAACGCACUACUUUAGGCCUAAUGAAUAAAUGUUGUUUAUAUACUGCAUGUAUUGUUUGGUUUACUGAGUUGUCUACGAGUGAGAUGAUUCUUACUAGUUGUCGCAAAUAUUUGAUUGCACUCAGGAAGUUAUCGUAACCGAGAGUUCCAUAUAGGGAUGCGAGUCGUUUAAUCGCUUAAAUCAACAUCGCGUAUCUAGAGACAUGGCCGGCAGAUAUCUGUUGAAUCCAAAGGUCAGACAAUCCACACUACAAGCGGUACUUCUAAGGCUAAACAAAUUGUAAUUUAUUAUUUUGAUGUCGCACCUGUAAAUAUCGUUUUCAUACGUUCGGAAACCAAACACAAACCAAGUGUUAUUAAUCUGCCGCUCCGUGGUGAUUAGCCCGGUGAUAUUAACUAAUGCGUUUACUUAUAAUUCUCAAUGCGAUUAGCCAACGGGGUCACGUACAUUUUAUGGUGCAGAAAAAGUGACUAAAGUUUAGAGAUUCAACCCAUGCAGCUUUUUGAAUGGUCUGAUAUUUUUAAUAUUUAUACAACGAUAGUUUUCCGCUGUAAAAAUGAAUUGUUGGACGUUCGCCUCCUAUGCAGAAAUAUUUGCCAAAUUCUGUAAUAAAUUAUUAUUAUAUGUAGAUUUUUAGCUUCUGUGAUUGUGUGCAAUGGCAUAAAGGUGAUUGAAGUAGAGUAUACAGAUAUCGAUACAAUUAAAGAUACACUGUCAUAAGCUAAUAAUGAACAUUCAAUUUUUAUAUUGAAUUGCUAAAUUUACAGUAUUAAGUUAUAAUACACUUCCUGUAUUCUGUAUUCUAGUCUCUUAAAUUGCAUAGAAAUCAAUUAAAGAAUUUUAGUAGUACAGUACUGUACAGUCAAUAUACCUGUUAAUAACUUAUUUCGGAUAGUUUUAAAUGAGUACUGUACUUGAAUUUUUUAAUUGUAUUUUUGAGGUGUUUUCUGAUUUUUUAGGCAGACAGUGUAUCUUUAAUAUUAUUGUAAUGUUGUAAACGACAUACUGAUACAGUAUUUGCUCGUUCAUUGCUACUCUAGAUGUCCUGGCCUUGAACUAACCGCCAAUUCGGCAUCUCGUUUUAUCUCAUUCCCCAUAGGUACCUUAACCGACUUUUAGGUCUUGCUUUCAUAUGGUUUUAAUGUCUUCCUCUUGUGAAAUGCCCUGGCGUGCCAACACAAUUUGCGAUUGUCCACCGAUAUACUUUUACAAGUUAAAUACGUUUUGUAAAUAUACAGAGUCCCGCCUUCCCGAUUUUUAAAAUAACAAAUACAUGUGUAUCUAUACCAAGUGUGAAAACGAUAUAUUUCGUUCUUAUAUUUUAUUGAUUAUUGUUUAAAAUAUCAGUUAUAUUUUAUUUAGGCCAAUACUGUAUUAUGUUACUAUAUUAUUAGGUAUAGUCUAUAGGUCUACACCGUCUUGUCUGGCAUAGCCAACAUUGGGAAAAACACAUUAACAAUAAUUGACAUUGAAUUUGCUCAUGUAAAUGACAUAAUAAGUAAUUACUUUCUGGCCUACUGUAUUUCCCCUCUUACUUACUAAACAGCUACCACAUGAAUAUACUAGGAACAUGUUGAUUGAUGUUUACUUUUAUGCAAAAGAGGCGGCCCAAAUGAUAGUGAGGGAUGAUUGACGAAAAACUUGGCCCAAGGUCUACACGGUCAAUUUGUCUGCUGACAAACAUUUUUGAUUUUCCCAUAUGUGGAAUUGAUGAUGUCAUAAUACCAUACCCAUAUUAAGUCAAAACCAGGCAAUUGUCACAUAAAACAUAAUAUUGUAGACGAAGGUUUUACUUUAAAACAUAAGACACACAAGCCUUUAUUACAUUUGACUACUGUUUACUGAAUUACGCUGGCAUAAAUAAGAACGAAAUUUAUACUAUAUUUUAUCACGAUCAAUAUGACUUAAUGGGCCUGUUACGGGAACUGUAAACAAAUAUUAGGCCUAAUGGCUCGUGUAGUUAUCGUUGCUAAUUCAAGUUAUCUGUUGUUAUCAAUACUGUCACAGUUUUUACUAUGUACAGUAUGUGAUACAGUUAAUACCGGCAAAUACAACUACUAUUGUGAAGUCUGUAUCUUCAUUGAUAAGACAUUUUAACAGCGGCUUAUUUACAGCGCGGACGGUACCUUUUAGGCUGGUGUUUUUAGAUAGUCUGUUUUUAGUUUGCGACGUAUCCACAACCUCCAUGGGGGAUACAAAGAUACAGUAGUUCUAUUCAUUGUAGCUUGUUGAGUAGCAAUGAAUUAAAGCAAACUAUAUCGUUUGACGCCAUUAUUGUUGGGAAAUGCUAAAAAAACAACUCAUCACUGCAAAUUAUGAUUAUGCAAAGUAGGCUUCUUUUUACCACAUUAUUCUCUUGAUAAAAAUUAGCACUCUGAUAAUAAUCAAAAAGUUCUACUGUACUAUAUUGGCAGAUCAUUACAAUCUUCACUUUGUAUGAGACUUAUGAUUUACCUAUUUAUGCUGUUUACGCACAAGCUGGUUUUAAUUUUCUACAGAAACUUGUUAACCGGCUGCUAUUAUACACGAAAAUUGCCACAGGAAUAGCAAUCCCUAUCCAUAAUUUAAAAUUAAUUUAAUUUCAACGCUGUAGUAUUUUACUUCCGAUAGCUUUAUAUCGUCUACUGCUGGUACUGCUCAUAUAAGUACCAUAGUUCAAAUAAAACAUUAAAUCGUAAACAAUAAUUAUUAUGUAAAUGUCGUAUGUCACCCACGAUAUUUCGUUUUAAAACUGUCAACAAAUUUUUAUACUGUUAUGAAUAAAUGCAAUAUAUUUUUUCAUUGUA